AUGGAGGAUAUUGAAGCACUGCCGCCGGGCUUAGCCCCAUUUGACGCGGAGUCUAUGGAGACGGAUGAGCCCGCGAAUGCCGAAGAAACGUCUGAAACUAAGGAUACUGAAAAGAAUGAAGGAGAAGAGAAGGAAGAAAACGAAGAUGACGAUGAAAAUCCAUUUGCGGACGAUGAUGACUCUGAUGAAGAAGGUGGUGCCGUGCAAGUUACUAUUCGGAAAGUCGAUACAUCCCAGUUUAAUAAACCUGCUCAUGCAAGUCAACAAGGAAAAUUGGAUCUCGAUGGAACACCGAUGGUCAACGAUAAACCUAUUUAUGAUAUAGAUUUGGCUCAAAUGGAAGACCGACCAUGGCGACAGCCGGGAGCCGACAUAACGGAUUAUUUCAACUACGGUUUUAAUGAGGAUACUUGGAAUUUAUAUUGCGAGAGGCAGAAAAAACUGCGAGCCGAGUUUGGAAAUAAUCAGGCAGCCGCGAACAAGGCACUGUUUUCGUCGAUUCAAGUGAGCAACCCUUUGGCGCAGCCAAUUGUUCAGCAAUCCACAACGAGUACGGUGAAAGUAUUAACCGACAACGGCGGGCGCUUCAAGCCGCAUUAUCAGCAAAACAUUCAGCCAUCGACCGAACCUAUUAUUCGCACUGUCAUCAGUGGUCAGCCCACGCAACCGCCACCAAACGUCGCUCCUGCGCAAAUAAUUGAUUUCUCCAGGCCACCGCCAGUUGGAAUGCCGCCGAUGGGAAUUCCAGGCAUCCCUCAACCCCAAAUGACGAUGGCACCUCCGCCUUCCAGUCAUCCUCCUUCAGUUUCAGAAGCUCCUCCCGGUUUGGAUCUUAAUUCGGAUAAGCCCCCAGGCAUCGUAACGCCUCCUACUAAUCAGCCUCCAGUUGGAAUACCGGGUGCUCUUGACUUGAACCUAGGAAUGCCACCGCCAAACUUCAAUCCUUCCAUGCCACCACCAGGAAUCGGAACCGGAAUGCCACCACCAUUGGGAAUGAUGGGACCACCUGGAUUUAACCUACCGCCGCCCAAUUUCUCUCAACCACAACAUGUUCGCGCUGGUUUUGCGAAUAUGCCAACUGUCCCACCACCGCGCGGAAUGGGACCGCCUGGAUCGUCGUUCUCCUCGGAUAGCUCGCGACGUGAAUCGAAUGACUACGAUGAUGAUGAUGAGCGUAGGAGAAGGAAGCGCUCGAGAUCGAGAAGUCCUUCGAAAAGGGAUCGAGAUAGACGCCGUAGCGAUCGUGACCGCGGAAGCGAUCGGUCAAGACGCCAUCGAAGCCGUAGUGCUUCUGGUGACCGGAAGCGUCAUCGUGAUGAUCGCGAUCGAAAGGAUAGUCGUCGAGAUCGGAGAGAUGAUGAUGAGAGCAGCAAGAAAAAGAGUCGAAGAAGAGAUGACGAUGAUGAUAGGCGAAAAGAGAAGCGAUCUCGGCAUGAUUCGGGCAGCGGUGCGGUUGAAGGAUCUCCAAACCAGGAUUAA